CGCGGAGGUCGAGGGUGCAGUGCAGUGCUUAAUGCUUGCGACAGAUAUCCGACGGACGGUGUUCAUCUCCCGAACAAUUUAAAAUACUACUAUUUUGUUUGUUUCUUGUUGGAUCUUAAGACCACCGAAUCAUCGGAAAGAUUUUGAAUUAUGGAGAUUAUCGACACUAGGGUUGGAGAUCAGGAGAACGAUCCACCGAGGAGAAAGGGUUGUGAUCCAUUGAAUCAGACGAUGAGAAGCAAGAUGCAGAAUAGAAGACAAAGACUCAACCAACAGAUCAAUAAGGAGAUGAGGAUGAGAGUUGGAGCUGAGAAUCUAUUCAAAGCUGCAUCCAAUCGUAAACUGAAGGAGCAGGUAGCCCUGGAGCUGAGCUUCGUCAACUCCAAUCUACAGCUCCUGAAGGAGGAGCUAGCGGAGAUUAACAGUGAUGUGGAAGCAUACCAGAAUGAUAGCUACAUGAGGAGCAUUCCUCUCAUCCCUCUCGGACUCAAAGAAACAAAGAAGCUGGAUGCCAGGGUCGCCUUCACGGACUAUAUCCUAGAACAUUACAGUGCAGAUGCAGACAAAUAUGAGAAUGAAAUCAAAGAAUUGGCAGAACUCAGACAGUCGAUACGAACUCCAAAGAGAAAUGAGGAAGGAAUCGAGCUGCUGCUGGAAUACUACAAUCAGUUGUAUUUCAUUGAGAAUCGAUUCUUCCCUCCAGAUAGAAACCUGGGUGUUUACUUCCAUUGGUACGAUGCAUUGACAGGUGUGCCAUCACUACAGAAGUCUGUUGCUUUUGAGAAGGGUAGCAUUCUCUUUAACAUCUCAGCUCUCUUUACCCAGAUGGGAGCAAAGCAGGACAGAACAAUGGGAGAUGGAGUCAGCAAGGCCAUAGAAUGCUUUGAGAGUGCAGCAGGGGCAUUCAAGUAUCUAGGAGAGAAUUUCAGCCAUGCUCCUAGCAUGGACAUGAGCGGACCCGUCUUGGCUAUGCUUGGUGGACUCAUGCUGGCCCAGGUUCAAGAGUGCAUCUUUGAGAAGCUGGUGUUAGAUGGAGUAGAGGAGACGAUAGAGAGCUGUGUCAGGGUUGCCAAAGAAGCUUCAGUUGUGUCUGACAUGUAUACCAAGGUUCACAAGAUGAUGAUGCAGGAGACGGUUAAAGACUACAUCCCUUACUCAUGGAUCUCAAUGGUCCUCGUCAAAUCACAGCACUUCAAAGCAAGGGCGCACCACUACGCUGCCAUUGCUAUUGUCGGUCCUAGUAUGAAUCAAGAGAAAGAUUACGAUUCAGAGACGUUACUGAGGCUCUUCCCCUCCAUGUACAACACAGAGAAAUCCGACCUUCAGCCUCCUCAGAACUGGGAAGAAAGAAUGAGAUUAGGCAAGGCACACAUUCGACAGGCUCUGAUGCUUCAUGAGGAGGCCCUCAGGGUUCACGACCUCUCAAAGCAGCUUCGUAAGAUUGACACAUUGAAGGAGGUUCUUAAGAAGUUCCACAGUAAAUCCAUGCACAGGUACCAGUCCCUUGACAACGAGGAUGACUUCUUUGAACUUCCGGAUGCACCUGUAAUCCUCAGUAAAACCACACAGAUUGCCAAGCCUCAUGUUCCAGACUUCACCAGAGUCCAAGUCAAAGAUAUCUUCCAUAAUCUAGGUCCUCUUGCCAUCUUCAACAGUCGUAACCAAUGGACAGCUCCACGGAUAGUGGAGAUUGUGAGAGGGAUGGGAGGCUAUGGUUUCACGGUCAGGGGAGACUCACCGGUCAUCGUGGCUCAAGUUGACCAGGGAUAUGCUGCAGCAGCAAGUGGAGUGAAAGAAGGUGAUUUCAUCAUCGGUGUGAAUGAUAAUGACGUAAAGUGGGCCAAACACGAAGAGGUGGUCAAGAGUAUCUUAGCCUCUCCUCAUCGGAUCAAGCUAGAACUCGUUUCUCCGCUGGACAAAGACUUCCUUCAUCCUCAAGACAUCCGACGCAAGGAUACCAAGAGCCCCAAGGGAUCAUCGGAGCUGUCGCCCACCUCAUCGCAUCAGUCCCAGUCCCCUGUCAAUGGAUCAAUGACGUCAGAUUCAUCGCUGGAGAGGCAGCAGCCUCCAAGGAAGACACAUAAAGACUCACAGGGAUUGAAAGGAAGCAAUGCGUCUAAGAACAGCAAGGCUAAGGAAUCUAUAACAUCCACGGAUGGAGGGAAGGGCAGUACGGGGAAGAAGAAGUCUAAGAAACCAGAGAAGACGAGCACUGAAGAGAGGAAACGAAAAGCAGUGCAGAACUCACCGGCUGGGUUAUACUGAAGCAACAGUACAUCCAGCAGGAUGGACCAUUGACAUAAUAAAAGUUGAGAGAGUUGAUAUAUCUAGCAUACUAGAAUGGACAGGAGGAGUAUGGAUUCUUGAAGAAGCUAAAGAGUUUAGUUUAGUUUAGUGGUGGUUAUUUUACCUGACUGCUAAGAAAGCAUAAAUGCCUGUUGGUAAGCAACCAUAGGACUGACGGCUUUAGGUCCACUCCGAGGGACCAGGUAAUGAGGAUUAAUGCCUUAUCAUAGGGCACUACUAGCGUGUCGACUUGGUUUCGAAACCUGGGUCACCGGAUUAUGAGACCACUGCUCUACCAACAAAGCUAUCGCGCCUCGCGUUUAGUAUUGACUACAGGACGAGAGUUGCAUAUCAUUUGAGGUGAAUGCUGGGAAAGGAUGACUCCAACUGUGUUUUUGUAUCUAUAUCAAUCGAUGCAUAUAUGUAUAUGUAGCUGUUAUAGAAUAUGUAUGAAUUGAUUAUACACUGCCACAAAAUCAUGUCAUCGGUCUCAACUUCUCAAGACAGACAGACAGAUACUCAGAGGAAGCAUCUGUGUUUUGUAAUCAGCAGCUGCGUUACUUCCUGCAUAUUGUGCAUAGCUGGUGCUGAAUCGUUCUAGAUGUCUCGUGGCUCUAACAGACCUGGCUCUAACAGAAUUCAGUAUGGAUUCAGCAGGGAUAAGAGGGUAUAGUGAGAUGAAAUUUGGAAGCCUUUUGAUGCCCAAAUGUUGUGGAUUGAGUCAUUUAUAUGGUUUCUUGCCUCAGCUGUUAUCAAAGCUUUCGUUUUCUUGCUGUGGCUACUUUGUGUGUUCAAACUCAUUGUUCUGCAUACCAGUUUUUAUGCUUUUAUUAGCUACUUGCAAUUGUCAAUACUUGCUGUGCGCGUUUGUUUAUCAGCCAUGAAGUUCGCAUGAAUUGAGGUUUGCGUUGAUUUAAAAUACCCUGUCAUAUUAUAUGUCCCUGCUGUUGGUUCUUUAUAUUGUUUUUGUAGAAUGUCUCCUGUAUUUGUAUA